AUGCCACGUCAAAGAGGUGAAUUUUGGAAUGGAUUUACAAAAAUAAUCAAAGAUGAGCAAGAAAGAUAUGAAUGUAAAAAAUGUAAUAAAUCUUGGGUCAAAAAUGAAUCACGAAUGUUACAGCAUUACAAUUUAUGUUUUUUAAAUAAGAUAGAAGAAUCAUCAACAUCUAUAUCUAAUACACAAGUCAAUAAAAUUACUCAAGACGAACAGGAAGAAUUAGCAAGUUUAUUAGUACGUGGAAUUUAUUCUAGUAGUGUUUCUUUUAACAUAGUAGAAAAUGAUGAUAUUAAAGCAUUUUUUAAAAAAGCAUCAAUACUUCGUUGGCUUCAAAUUGAAAAAUAUAGACAUUUUAUUUUAUUAGUAUCAACAGUCAGUACACGGUGGGGAUUAGCAUUUUAUUGUUUGGACUAUUUAUUACAAACAAAAAAUGCAAUUCGUUCUAUAUUAGUUGAAGACAAUAUAGAAAUUAAUUAUAAUAUUAAACUCCUUAUUAUGGAUGAUCAGUUUUGGCAAGAUCUAAAAAUUCUUCAUGAUUUUUUAGAACCUUUUGUUUGUUUAAUUAAUGAGCUUGAAGGAGAUUCACCACUUUUAUCAGUUGCAUUUUUCAAAUUACGACAGUUAGAAAUAUCUAUAUGCAAUAAUACUUGUGUUUCAAAUACAAUUAUUGUAGAAAAUUCAAACAAAUGGGACUCAAUAAUUGAAAGUGAAUUAAUGCACCUUGCUGGACUGGAAAAUCAAAUUCAAGUUUUAGAAGAGUUUGCUAAAUAUGUUGGAAAAAUAAAUGAAUUAAAACAAAAAGGUUAUUUGAUCGGGAAUGAUUCUAUUUUAGAAUCAAACAAACUGGAAUUAAUAGAUGAUGAUAAUAUUAACUUAGAGUUAGACGAAAUAGAAUUAAUGGAAGAAAAUAAUUUAGACUUAGAUUCUUUUUUAUAUAAAUAUGGUUUAUCUGAUAUAAAUGAGUAG